ACGCAAUGCAAACUGAUGAGGUGGCCCGGCGAUCAUGAAAGAACCGCUCGUUACACGGCAUUGAUAGGUUUUUGGGACUCUUUCAGGUACGGCUGGCACUUCCCUGAGCUGGGAAAGAUUCUCACCGAAAACAUUGCCUUUAUAAAGACGAUAAAGCUAGUUGGCACGCGUGACAAUAUGGCCACGACCGAUCUGUCGGACAUUCUGCCGGAAGAGCUCGAGGAGAAGAUCAAGGAAGCAGCCGAGAUCUCCAUGGGCACGGAAAUCUCCGAGGAAGACAUUACCAACAUUCAGAACCUGUGCGACGAAAUUCUCUCCAUCAACGAGUACCGGACGCAUCUGUACGAUUAUCUGAAGACGCGCAUGAUGGCGAUGGCACCGAAUUUGACCGUUCUCGUCGGCGAAACCAUCGGAGCCCGUCUCAUCGCGCACGCCGGGUCGCUGGUCAACCUGGCCAAACAUCCCGCUUCGACUGUGCAAAUCCUAGGUGCCGAGAAGGCGUUGUUCCGCGCACUCAAGACCAAAAAGGACACCCCAAAGUACGGUUUGAUCUUCCACGCCAGCCUGAUCGGUUCGGCCAGCGCCAAAAACAAAGGUAAAAUUUCCCGAUCACUUGCGGCCAAGGCAUCGCUCGCGACCCGCGUGGACGCGUUCGGUGAGGACGUUUCGAUGGAACUGGGUACGGAACACCGAGCCAAGCUGGAGAUGCGUCUGCGGCUGCUGGAGGAGGGCAACAUGUCCCGGCUGUCAGGCACCGGUAAAGCCAAGGCCAAGCUCGAAAAGUACCACGCCAAGAGCGAAGUGAAGGUGUUUAAGAGCGGCGAGGAUAGCACGCUGCCGAUCGGGAAGAAGCGAAAGCUAUCUGAAGGGGCAAAGAUCGAGGAGAUUGAGCCAGAGGUUAAGGAGGAACCGUCCGAUGAACCCAGCGCCGGAGAAUCGUCCAAAAAGAAGAAAAAGAACAAGCAGAAGGAUCUCGAUGCAAGUACGGAUGAGGUUGCCCACGCCUCAAAAAAGAUCAAAACCGAGGACGAGGAAACGCCACCGGAAGAGGGCGCCGAGCCACAGAGUGAGAAGAAGAAGAAAAAGAAAAAGAAGCGAGAGAGCCAGGCUGCUCAACCAGAAGAGGACGAAGAGGAACCUGCUGUGACGGAAGUGCCGGAAACGCCAACGUCACAGAAGAAAAAAAAGAAAAAGAAGGUGAAGGAAGAAAGUGACGACAGUUGAAUUUAAAAAUCGUUAUUUUAAUGUCGGAUGAACUUUAACUUGGAUUAUGAUCCCGAUUUUAAGGGAUGUUAUAUGUGAAAUAAAAAAAAAGCAUGGUAACCCUACCAAAAAUAAG